GAUUGUUAAUUAAUUACAAAAAUUAAACCCAAAUAAAAAGACAUUUGUACGCCCAACACCUCGCGCAGACAUGUCGGAAGCCCAAGCGCCAUCAGUAUCGAAAUCUAGCCUAAGCGAUUUGCGGCAGUUUCGUAUAAAUAAAAGUCCCGCCGCAGCCAGUCCCAGUGGAAAAACAGAGCGGGUGCCUGGCAAGAAGCGCAUCCAGGUGAUGGCAGACAGCGACAGUGACAGUGCGGAUUGCCAAACGCCCAAAAAGCAAAAGACCGAAUUAUCUGUAAAAGAGAAGGAGGAACGCUACAUGGUAGCCGCAAAACUGGCACAUCAGUACGAUACAAUGGAUAUUCAGGACUCGCUCUCGAGGACAAACUGGGAUGUAUCUGCUGCUAUGCGUCAUUUAAGAGAGCAUUGUAAGCCGAAAAUGCAAAAUGGCCCUCUUAGUAAACCCAAACUACAACCUGUAUCAAAUGGCAACGCAAAACCAAGUGCAAAGACAAGUGGCAAUUAUUCCGACUAUGAAGAUCACUCAGACGAUGAUGUGCGGCAAUCUAAAGAUCAGGUAUACGACAGUGAUGACAGCGAUACUGAGAUGUCCAACAAAAUGACGGGUCAACGCAAAAAAGUGUUUCAAUUUAUGAACACUGCCAGCCUUAUUGAACUGCAAUCGGUAAAAACACUAUCUGAGAAAAAGGCAUCCGUGCUCAUUGAAUUGCGACCGUUCAAUGAUUGGGUAGAGCUCCGUCAGAAGUUGGAAUCAAACAGACUUUCCGGUGAUUUGUUAAACUAUGCACAAGAUCUAAUUAAUAAGCAGAACACGGUUGCCACCAUUUUAAGCAAAUGCAAUGACAUGGUUAAACGAUUAGAGACUGCUAUUGCCAACAGUCCCGGAAUUGUGGAGCAGCCGAAACUAUUGAAUAGCAGCAUGCAGUUGGCUGACUAUCAAAUGAUUGGUCUGAACUGGUUAACUGUUAUGCAUAAGCAGGAAAUGAAUGGAAUAUUGGCCGAUGAAAUGGGCCUGGGUAAAACUAUUCAAGUCAUUGCAUUUUUGGCCUAUCUCAAGGAACAUGGGUUAAGCAAGGCUGCUCACUUGAUUGUAGUUCCUUCCUCAACAUUAGACAACUGGGAAGCAGAGAUUGCCAAGUGGUGUCCAAAUUUGGUGGUAGAAAAGUACCAUGGCUCACAGGACGAGCGUCGACGCAUGCGCGUUCGAUUCGCCAAAGACGGCUUCACUGGCUUUGAUGUGCUGCUUACCACGUAUCAUAUAGUUGGCUCUACACCUGAGGAGCGCAAGAUGUUUCGCGUUUGCAAGCUUCACUAUGUUAUAUUUGAUGAGGCACACAUGCUGAAGAAUAUGACGACACAGCGCUAUGCCAAUCUAAUAACAAUCAAUGCCGAAAUGCGAAUACUGCUCACGGGAACCCCCUUACAAAAUAAUUUGUUAGAACUAAUUUCACUGCUGUGCUUUGUUAUGCCGAAAUUCUUUGCUAAGAGCGUUGAGGACAUCAAGACACUUUUUGUGAAGAAAGGCAAAUCUGAAGGUGACAAAGAGGAUGUGUCACAGUUCCAAGAAACGCAAAUUAAUCGUGCGAAGCGCAUUAUGAAACCAUUUGUGCUAAGGCGCCUGAAGAAGGAUGUGCUCAACAAUCUGCCUAAAAAAUAUAGCUAUGUUGAAAAAGUACCCAUGACCACCUCACAGAAACAAUAUUACACGGAGCUGAUAGAUUAUUACUCAAACAACAAGGGCGAAAUUUGCAGCAGCGAGCGUUCCGGCAUUGCAAUCAUGAUGGAAAUGCGUCGAAUUGCCAAUCAUCCACUGCUGAUGCGUCAUUAUUUUACUGAUGAGCAGCUGCGAACAUUCGCUCGAAGGUUGGCCAGUGCGAGCACUUAUAAAAAGACCAAUGAACAAUAUAUAUUUGAGGAUCUGGCAGUUAUGUCCGACUUUCAAGUGUAUCAGCUUUGUCACAAGCAUGAGCUAUACGAUGUCAAGAUACCCGCCAAUUUAAUAUGCGAUUCUGGCAAAUUCAAGUUCCUGGACACGCUACUGCCCAAACUCAAAAGCGAAGGUCAUCGUGUGCUGCUCUUCAGCCAGUUUACCAUGAUGCUGGACAUUGUGGAAGAGUAUUUGAGGAUACGAGAUUUUGGCUUCUGUCGUCUUGAUGGUGGCACGGCAGUCAAGGAGCGACAGGACUUAAUCACAGACUUCAAUGUCGAUGAUAACAUAUUCAUAUUUCUGCUAUCAACACGUGCCGGUGGCGUGGGCAUUAAUUUAACAGCGGCCGACACAUGCAUAAUCCACGAUAUUGAUUUUAAUCCAUACAAUGACAAACAGGCUGAGGAUCGUUGUCACCGCAUGGGUCAGAGUCGUCCAGUUAGUAUUUAUCGUCUUAUAACGGACGGCACUAUAGAGGAGGGUAUUAUGAUGGCUGCCGAAGAGAAGCUAAAGCUAGAACAGGAUAUAACUUCCAACGAGAAGGGCGAGGUGCAUGAGACACGGUGUGUGGUGAAGCUUUUAACUAUGGCAUUGGGUCUGGACAAGGACCAGGAAGAGCAGUUAAAUAAUUCGUUGAAUAACUCAACUGGAACGCCCACAAAGUAGUUUUUAUGAGUGCUAUGUCACAAAAACACUUUCCAUAUACAUACAUACUACGAUACUUAAGCACACAAUAUUUACAGUGUUUAGAUUUCGCUUUCAAUUUUGUAUGCCCAUAUUUUAAUAACAUUUUUUGUAAAAUUAA